GACACACGUCUUCCGCAGCUACCAGCCAGCUAAUGCUAAUGCUAAUGUCCACCACCAGCAGUACUGAUGCUGAGCUAGCAUGCUAGUAGCGGCUAGUAGAUGCUAGCUCAGCACUAGCUGGUAGCAGGUCGUUGUUUCUGCUGUCGUCAGGAGCUCAUGUGUUGCUGACAGUCACAAGAAAUAGUUUAGUAACACAGACACGGUCUAUCAAGUUGAUCCUUCACACUGUCUUUGAGUUGCACAGUGAAACAGCUGAUUGAACCCUGCAGAUAUAUGCCCUUUAGUGCUUAUGUAGGCUUUUAUAGAUGUAGUCAUGUGGUAGAUGUAGGCUCCUGAUGGAGGCUGAUCAAAGGUGCUGACAGUAACACGUGUGACAGCUCAGAGGGUGACUGACUGAGUGGUGGAAUGUAACUAAGUAUAUUUACCUAAGUACUGUACUUAAGUAUUGUCCAGCCUCAUCCAGCCCCACUGUGGAUCUUUAGCCCCUCCGGCAGGACAGUGGCAGAGGCAGAGCCAGAGCCAUCGGGGACCACACCAGCAGGCAGUAGGGCACCAUGAGUGCGACGGGGCAGCAGCAGCAAGGGGGGGGGCUGCGUUCUCGCCGAACCCUUGUCCGGGACAAGGACCCUGGGCAGGGCAUGGGCAUGGAGGCGGCCUGCUGGCUGGCCCCCGGAGUGCUGCGCAGGCUGAUCGAGCUGCCCUCACCCCCCCUGUCCCGACACCAGCUCAAGAGACUGGAGGAGCACAGGUACAGCAGUGCUGGACGCUCCCUGCUGGAGCCUCUGAUGCAGCGUUACUGGGAAUGGUUGGUGGGACGAGUCCCCUCCUGGAUCGCCCCCAACCUCAUCACCAUCAUCGGCCUGGCCACCAACGUCUUCACCACCCUCGUGCUCAUCUACUAUUGUCCAACUGCCACCGAACAGGCUCCUCUCUGGGCGUACCUGCUGUGUGCCGUGGGUCUGUUUAUCUACCAGUCAUUGGACGCCAUCGACGGGAAGCAGGCCAGACGCACCAAUAGCAGCUCUCCGCUGGGCGAGCUGUUUGACCACGGCUGUGACUCCCUCUCCACCGUGUUUGUGGUGUUGGGAACUAGUAUAGCAGUGCAGAUGGGCACCAACCCCGACUGGAUGUUCUUCUGCUGCUUCGCCGGGAUGUUUAUGUUCUACUGUGCCCACUGGCAAACAUACGUGUCGGGAACGCUGCGCUUCGGCAUCAUUGAUGUGACUGAGGUGCAAAUCUUCAUAAUAAUCAUGUAUUUGCUGGCCGCCGUGGGAGGAUCUGCUUUUUGGCAGUCUCUGAUUCCGAUCCUAAAUAUCCAGAUGAAAAUGGUUCCGGCCAUCUGCACUUUUUUAGGAGCCAUCUUCUCCUGCACCAAUUACUUCAGAGUUAUUUUUACGGGAGGUGUGGGCAAAAAUGGAUCCACAAUAGCAGGAACCAGCGUCCUCUCUCCAGUCCUACAUAUUGGUUCAGUUAUAAUUUUGGCGAUGAUGAUAUACAAGAAGUCUGCUGUCCAGCUCUUCGAGAAACAUCCGUGUCUUUAUAUCCUGGCGUUUGGCUUCGUCUCAGCCAAAAUCACCAAUAAAUUAGUUGUAGCACAUAUGACAAAGAGUGAGAUGCAUCUCCACGAUUUAGCCUUCCUGGGACCGGGACUACUAUUCCUGGAUCAGUAUUUCAAUAGUUUUAUUGACGAGUACCUGGUGCUGUGGAUUGCAUUGAUCAUUUCCUUCUUUGACUUGGUGCGUUACUGUGUCAGUGUUUGCAACCAGAUUGCCUGCCAUCUUCACAUUUUCGUUUUCAAGAUCAAGCCUUGCUCAGUGCUCAGUUCAGCUCCUCACUGAGGACACGCCGGCCAUCACUGACUCUGCCCCUCCCCGUUAGUCGCACUCAUCUUUUCUUCCCUCUGUUGUCCACGUAGAGAUGCAGAGGAUGACGUGGUGUAAAAGUAUGUGCUUCUGCCAACUGAAUGUGAGGACAAAUAAUAUAUAUUAAGAUACUGGAGUAUUACUGUCAAUGUUUCUUUUCACCAGUGCAGAAUAUGUCUCAUCUUCUGCCCCAGUAAUAAGACUUCUCCUUCUGACAAACUCAUGAGCAAACAUUUCAGGAGAGUACAGGUGCUACUCAGUGUGUUCAAGGAGAGAAACUUCAAUGUGUUUUAACUGUUCGUGUGCAAAGAAAAUGUAUAGGAAACGAAUCAAACUCUUUGCUUUUCAUGAUUAUAAUUUUUGUAAUAUUUGCAUAACUUUACCUUUUUGCUAUUGUAAAUACCAAACUGUUACAGUGUCUGUGCUUUUAUUUUAAGUUAAAAAGCCCUGCUUUGACACAUUUAUAAACCUUCAUGUAUUUGAUUUUAAAACAACUUUAUCUCCUGCACAUUACACGAAACUGUGCAGCUGAUCAGCAAAACUGUGGUUUUGGAGGAAACUUAAUGCCGACUUCAGAAUGUUGUUGAACAAACCUGCAAAUAUUCACUGCCAAUGUUUUUAGUUCACAUUGUCGACUGAAACCACAUGGUUAAUAUGACACAUGGGAUUUUUUUUUGGGGUGCUUUUUGGCGAUUUUGUGUGUAUUUAUUGUCACAUGUUAUAUUAGCUGCUAAUAUAUUCAUUGCUAAUUUGGUUAAUGCUUCAUGGAGUCUACACUUUAUUAUUUUUAUUGUAAAUAGAUUAAGACACAUCAUGCACAAGAGGGAAAGACACAACAGCCACUAUUAAAUUUCAAACAUGUUACAAAAAUAUCUAAACUCAAAGGUCCACUUACUAGCAUUCAGAGCUGUGCAGUUGUGGAUGAAAGGUCCGGAAGCUAGUAAGAAGACUUUUGAUGCUCAGAUUUUCCCACAUUUUCCAGUUGACAGGAACAAAGUUCAAAACACAUUUUUUGUUCACUCCACCAGCUGUCACUCUGCCACUUCACAACCCUCGUCUCCACCUUUUAUUAUUAUUCUAUAUUUUUGUAAUUGUCAACAAAUCCUAUGAAAAGACCAAAACCAACAUUGUGUCAGUCCGUCUCUCAAUACUUCGUGACUUGAUUUGUUGGGAGUCAAAAUGAUAAUCUACAGUGUGUGUGUGUUCAAGGUGAUGAAGGAACAUGUCACUCGGUCACACUGAUUGAUGUCACAACCGAAUCCAUGUUUUGAAAACCUGUUCAUUAAUAACAUGAUCUGGUCGACAUUGUGUUUCCCCCAAAACAACAUACUGUACCUGGUGAAGCAGAACAGUUGUACGUGGACUCGAUGUGUAGGAGAUGAGGUCACACAAUGACAUCACAGUUUUUAAGGUGGUGACUGAUGAGAAUCAGAUCAAUUCUUUUGUCCCUGACGGUUAAUAAAAACCUGUUUUAUUUGAAGUGGCUGCUGCUCACUUUGCCUCCAUCUACCAACAUCAUCUGAUACUGUUGCAGCCCCUCGUACUGAGGGGGUGUUUAUGUUGCUGCUUCUGAAGACAACCUGUAUUAAUGGGGAGAUAUUGUUUGUCCUCAACAACAGAGAUGAGUUUCUUGCUUUUGCAUAUUGUGCCUAUUUUUUCAUUUUAUUUUUUAUUUCGUCAAACAGCUCCAUCUGCAGAUGAGCACUGAGCCUCUACAGUUUGUUUCAAAUGUUCAAGAUCUACGAUGCCAAGUGUUGAUUGUAGUGAAAGUCAUUAUCUGAACUGGAUGAGUUCAGGUUCAGGGUGGUUUGGUCGUAAAUUACAGUUAUCUGAAUGCUGUUGAGAAAACAAAGCCUUACACACACGUUAAAGGAUCACUAACAUAAAGUUGGAGCUUACGAGAAAAAAGUCAAUGAGAAUAAAGUGAUUACAAGAA